AUGGACAUGGACGAGGAUAGCGAGAUCACCGUCUGUGUCGUAGGCUUUCAUCAUCAACGAGGACCGGAGGUCGAGUAUGUGUACCCGGAUCGAGGACAGGAGUUACCGCCCUUGUUGAGUUUUUGCGCGUUGCCUGAUGGUGCGCAUUUGACUGAGGAGGAUUUCUCAUAUUUCACGUUACCGGCUGUCACGUCCUCCUCGACUGAAUCUACUUCCAACGGUGAUGAUGACGGCAAGGAUGAGGGCGAGAGCGAAUCGAUACCUAAACACCCAACCGUCUUCGGCAUCUCCUGCAACCGCCAACUCAAAGCCUCCGAACUCCUCAACCGUCCCGCCGACGUUACCCGCUCCACGAUCCAAAAAGCUGUGGUGGUGCUCUCCAGCAAACCAUUAUUCUUCGUGCGGGAUAAGUUGGGGGUUGUUACGAGGGCCUAUUUUGCGCAGAGGGAUUUUGAGGAUCGAGCUAUCAUAAGGGAUUUGUGGGAGAGUUUGGGGGGGUUGGUUGGUGGGAAGGAUGGGGAGGGGAGGGGGAGAGUUACGGAGAAUGAAUGGAAUGUUGGUAUCUCGCUGAGAGGGUUACUGGGCCAUUUCAAGCUGAAGACCCUGAUUCUGGUCAAGGCGCUGUUGUUGGAGCGGAAGAUUCUGUUUUUUGGAAGUACGACGGAGAAGUUGUGUACGAUGCAAUAUGCACUGCUAUCGCUACUGCCAGAAAUGAUGGAUCAUCUGGAGGAUGCGAGUAGUCCACUGCUUCACACUUUGGAGACAAAGUUGAAGAGAGCAACGAGUCUGAAGACGAGUAACAAGGCGUCGCUACACGCGUAUCUCGGAUUUCCAUUACAGAUUUUUGGCAAGGGGUGUUUCUUCGGACCAUACACGCCACUACAGCAACUUGACAUGCUCGAAGGGCCAGAUACGAAGGCGUAUCUGAUCGGGAGUACGAAUGCGUUGUUUCUGCAGCAGAAGGAUAAGCACGCGGAAAUUGUCGUAAAUGUCGAUAACGCCACGAUAGAGGUGUAUAACCCGCAGUUGAAGGACGCGUUACUCCUCACCCCUUCAGAUAAGAAGUGGAUUGAGGGCCUGGUCUCAGACGUCACAGCCUCCGAAUCAAACCUAACAUUCACAGGCUCCGAAGACCACAUCCGCGCCCAAUUCGAAGAAUACCUCUCCAAUCUCGUCUCCACCGUCAAAUACGACAACUUCCUCACCCGCCACCAAUACUACAACAUGGCCUCCGACACCCCGCUCAUGCCCGACGUCGACGGAAACCCGGCGAGGGAUUAUGGGAUUCCGUGGAUUCGGGCGUGGAGGAAGACGAGGAAUUAUGAGGUUUGGGGCCGGAUGACGGAUGAUGAGUUGUUUGAUAUUGUGGAGGCGCGGCAUCCGGGGGGGAAUUCGUUGGGGAUUUCGUUGGGAGAUGUGCAGAUGAAGUUGGCUGCGGCGGCUGGCGAGUUGAAGAUUGGAGAACGGACGGCGCCGGCACGGGAAGCUAUCUCGAAUACCUUCUCGAAUUUGUGGAAUAACGUCGAGUCAUACCGGGAACGGAAACGACUCGAAGCCGAGGAGAAGGUGAAGGAAAAGACGUCUGCAGUACCACCGGUAUCCACGAGUGCAACCACGAGCAAGCCACCAAGUAUCGGGGAGAAGAUCACGAGUAGCGAACCAGCGACGCCGACAUCGACCACGGCUGCGGCUGCGGCUGCGGUGGUGACGAGUAAAGCAUCUGCGUUCGCUUCGUCUUGGGGAUCGUGGGCAGCCGAGAAACGGCGGAAUUUGCUGGCGAGGAAGAAUAGUCGGGACUUCACGACCAGCCUAACUCCCAGCGUCACCAGCAACAAUGGGAAAGAGAGGAGUGUCGAGGGCGACUUCGGACACGAGCACCUUUCGGAUGAGUGGAGGCCGUUUGAUGUCACGACAGCGCCGAGGACGCCGAGUCCGAUGACUACGCCGCCGGCGAUGUUUCCGGUGCAGGCUGGAGAGAAGGUGGAGGAUUUGGUCAAGUCUGAGGAGAAGGAGGAGGGGGAGAAACCCGACGACGGAGUAGAAGGUGGUGAGGAUAAGGGCGAUGAUGAGGGCGUAGCCGGUGAGGUGAAGGAAGUUGAGGAUGGCGUUGGGAAGGCGGCAGUAGAAGCUGAUAUCCAUACCCACGACGAGGCUGAGAAAGUCCAGGAGAAGGAGGAGGACGUCGCGAAGGAAGAGACACACGUGGACACCGAGGGUAAACAUUAA